CCAGCUCAGGAGAGACGUCAUCACUGUGCGACAGCUGUGCGUCUGCUGCCCUAGCAAGCUGCUGGCAAACUAGCCUCUUCUCCAAACACAGUCGAUUCUGAGCCCUGAUGACGGCCUCGACUCGCAGCACAGUGCUGUCGCUGUACAGGCGUGUGAUUCGCAUCGCCCGAACCUGGCAGGCGCAGAGUGGUGUUACAAGUGACACCGAGACGGAGAGGAAGUACAUAGUUCAGGAGGCCCGCACUCUGUUCAGACAGAACCAGCAGCUCACAGAUCAAGAAUCAAUAAAGAAAUGUUUAGAAGAAUGUGAAGCAAGGAUAGAAAUAGGUCUACAUUAUAGGAACCCGUAUCCAAGGGCUACCUACUUACCACCGCUGGGACUGGCAACACAGAAGGGCAGGAAGCUGCGAGCACAGCAGCGCCUGAGGAAGCAGGCCAAGCCAAUUUACUUACAGUCACAUGACGAGACCUGAUGCUUGAUAUCCUUGAUCCUCGCCAAGAGUUCAAGUUACCAAGGACAGGAAACUAGAGUGCAGUCACAAGCUGAUCUUGUGCGCCGAGUUGUUGCGAGCACUCACUGAUGCACAGCUCUCAUCAUUCAGGGAAAAGCCACUUUUCAUUGUUAUUUUUAUUUUAUUUUUUUACCAUGAGCAUGAGUCAUAACUGUAGGUGAGGAUCCAAAGGUCGAGAUCAAGUUGUAUAUUUUAUUUAUACCUAUGUCUGAAUAAUGAUGAUUGUUUGAGUAAUAAAGUGUCUUGAUGUGAAGAAUA